AAAAUAUGCCUUGGGUUGCAGAAACGCCUUUAUCAAGAUUACAACAGUUCUGCAUAAAUGUAUUGAGAUGCGGACCAGUUCCGAGGCAUGUUGCAUUUAUAAUGGAUGGCAAUCGAAGAUAUGCGAAGAAGGUUCAUCUGGAGAAAGUGGAGGGUCAUAGCAAAGGAUUUGAAAAAUUGUCUGAAUGCUUAAGGUGGUGCUUGGAAAUAGGCGUAAAAGAGGCAACAGUAUAUGCCUUUAGCAUAGAAAAUUUUAAGAGAAGUAGCGAGGAAGUUAAUGGUUUAAUGCAACUCGCGAGAGAAAAAUUUGCCAAAGUUUUUCAAGAUAGUGAGAGGUUAGAAAAAGAAGGUAUAUGUAUAAAAGUUAUUGGAAAUUUAUCCCUUUUACCUCGCGAUCUACAAAACCUUAUAGCCAAAGCGAUGCUUUUAACAAUGAAUAAUAAAAAGCUUGUAAUAAAUGUGGCAUUUGCUUAUACUUCCACAGAUGAAAUAGCUAAUAGUGUAAAAAGUGUAAUUCAAGGGGUAAAUAACAAUGAGCUAUCUGUUGAUGACAUCAAUGAAGAAUUAUUGUCAAAAUGUUUAUAUACAAGUGAUGGAACCAAUCCUGAUCUCCUGAUCCGAACUUCUGGUGAAGUGAGACUUAGCGAUUUUCUACUCUGGCAAAGUUCAAAUACAACCAUAUACUUUGCAGAAGUUUUAUGGCCAGAGUUUACCUUUUAUCAUCUAAUGGCGGCAGUGUUUAAAUAUCAAAGAUCCUAUAGUGAUAGAGUGAGGUUUCUAACACAUACAGAAAAGGUUAAAGAAAGUUACAACGGACGUGUUCAAUCAUUUUUAGAAAAAUUACGGCAGAGAAGGAUUUCCGAGUUAAAGGUUUAUGCCAGUUAGUGGCAUAGUCUCUUUGUUCCACUAGCCUUAUUAAAUUAUUUAUAGAAUAUAACGAUACUAAAUUGGAUAGCAUUGUUUCAUUAUCAAAACUCCUUGCAUUGUUUAUCCGAUUUACA